AUGGCGGGCAACCGGCCUGUGAGCUUUGGGCGGCAUGGCAGUACGAAUGGCAGCGCGCUGCAUGUACUGCACUCGCUCGCGCAGGGAGUUCCGGAGGAAGAAGAAGAUUGGGAUCUCAAGUUGUCCUCUCCCCCGAGUUGGUGCCGGUCCUCAUCCAUAGAAGAGUUGCGCUCGGACACCCGCGCCAAGCGCGAUUUCAUAGAUGGCGCCAGAGAUCGGAUUGCGUCCAGCCUUGGUGUGGAUGUGAGCAAGGUCAACGUCACAGCCAUAGAGAGUGGCAGUAUUCAUCUGAAGUACACGGUCUCCGACCUGACGCUCAAAGAGAAGGAGCGCAUCUUGCAGGCUGAUGUCACUGGGAAGCUCCGGAAUCAGUUCGACACGUUCGUUGCUCUCAAGGUGUCGCCGGCGGUGCUGGCACUCCACUUUAAUUUGGACGAUAUGGACGAGAAGGGCAACAAGAGCAGCCAUGAGUUCUCGAGCACACAUCAGGUGGGCCCACCAGGCAAGCAGCGCACGUACUUCCAGCCAUGCGGUUGGACCCGUUAUGGCUUCAAAGUCCUUGGAAAAUACACGGGGGACACAUGGUUGCACCCGUUCCAGGACGCAGGUAAUUGGUAUCGAGCAUUCCAUAGCACGGGCAGGUCAAACGAUCCUAGCGCACCCAAAAAGAUUGUCGACGGUGGUUUCCGUGCAAGCGCUGGUGGUAAGUUGGGUGCAGGCGUAUAUGUCACUCCAAAAUCCCAGUAUUCAGAGGCGCAUUAUUGCGCAAAGAUUCAGCUUCAGACCACCAGUGGGCCAAAGGCUUUCUCGUACAUGCUGCAAGUGGCCGUGCGGCCUGGCUCCAUCAUCAACGAAGGAUACCCAGAUGGAUCUGGAAUCAAUCAGGAGUGGACGGUGGACCCCAAGGAUGUGAGGCCCUACGGCUUGCUGGUUAAAGAAGUGUAG